AUGAGGAACCGACAGUCCUUCUUCAGGGGCGGGGCUUCGCGUCACCCACACGACGCACAGAGACGGAGCGAGAGAGUCGCUUCGCCAUGGCCGCUGUCACUUGCAAGCGUCGUAGCAGCAGCAACAGCAACAACAACAGCAGCCUGUCGUCGUCCUCCUGCCUCUCCUCUGCGUCUCCUCACGCCACUCGUUCUCCUCGGCCUCGCUCUGCGUACCGGCGAGGCGCGCAAGCAUCACCUCAGCCUGCGGGAAGACACCAGGAGUCAGGUGCAGUUGAGUACGUUCGGCUACGAGAAGGGAGGGACUCUGUCUGUGCGUCUCACGCUGCUGAAGCUGGGCAACCCAAAGCCGGCGGAGAAGUCGGUAGGGUUCAGCCUCUACAAGGCCAAGAACGACGGCCUGUCCUCCUAUCUGGAGACGGAUGUGGAGAGGUGCAUGCUGCGGGAACAGACGCACGACCCCGUCACCCUCUUCACGUUCGACUUCGCGCGCAGCAGCGUCGUCAUCAAACUCCCGAGCAACCAGACGCUGGGCGACGCUCUGCGCGUCUUCGGCAACGUGAGCGAGUACAACCGGACGAGGCCGUCGGCCGCCGCCGUGAAGGCCGCGAGCCACGGAAAACCGAGCGACGGCGCUGCGGGGGCAGCGGCUGACACGGCUGCUGAUGGCACGAAGGAGGGUGGCGACGCCUCCGGUACGGAGAAGGAUGUGCCUAAAGAGGAGGACCAGACAGUCGCCAAAGUGCCUUCCGACCCCAAGGAUACCUCUCACGUUUCCAAACGGGACGCCGACAAAGGUGACAAGGACGCAGCGGAAAAUCCCGCCGCCGCUGCCGCUGCCAAGGACACUCCCAAGGAGGCUCCCAAGGAAGAUAAGAAGGAGGAGGAGAAAAAAGAAUCUCAACCGGCUGUGCCCGGCAACCCCGCGGUGCAGCUGCUGCCACUCCGGUUCAACAAAACCGACGGGACCUACGCCAUGGAGUUUGUCGUGGAGAUGACGGGCGCCAGCGCGGCCGGCCUCUACACGUUCUUCUUCCACAACUGCGACAACGGCAAGCGCGACUCGCGCUUCGCCCCCUUCACCAUGGAGAUCGAAAUGGUGGAGUUCAACCUGGACAGCUACCUCUCUGUCGGAGAAAUCCCGCUGCCUCGCCUCUACGUCGGCAUGGCGGUCAUCUUCUUCAUCUCCGGCGUCGUCUGGGUGUCCGUCCUGCGGCGCCACAGGGCCAACGUGUUCAAGAUCCACUGGCUGAUGACGACGCUCGUCUUUACAAAAGCCCUGUCGCUCCUCUUCCACGCAAUCGACUACCACUUCAUCUCCACCCAAGGACGUCCCAUCGAGGGCUGGGCCGUGGUCUACUACAUCACGCACUUGCUCAAGGGGGCCCUGCUGUUCAUCACGAUCGUGCUGGUGGGCACUGGCUGGACCUUUAUCAAGCACAUCCUCUCCGACAAGGACAAGAAGCUCUUCAUGGUCGUCAUUCCUCUGCAGGUGCUCGCUAACGUGGCUUACAUCGUGCUGGAGUCGUCGGAGCAAGGCUCCAGCGACUACGGGCUGUGGAAGGAGCUGCUGUUCCUCGUCGAUCUGCUCUGCUGCGGGGCCAUCCUCUUCCCCGUCAUCUGGUCCAUCCGACAUCUGCAGGAGUCCUCCAACACUGACGGGAAGGCGGCCAUAAGUCUUGAAAAACUGAAACUCUUCCGGCAUUAUUACGUCCUGAUCAUCUGCUACAUCUAUUUCACACGCAUCAUCGCCAUCAUGGUCAAGAUCACCAUCCCCUUCCAGUGGCAGUGGCUCUACCAGCUGAUGGAGGAGGCUGCCACGUUGGUGUUCUUCGUGGUGACCGGGUACCGGUUCCGCCCGGCAUCGGACAACCCCUACCUCCGCCUGCCCACGGACGAGGACUCUGACAGUGAUGAAGUGCUGACGGAGACGGGCGCCGGCCACAACCUCACCCGAGUGAACAAAGGCAAUUCCGAAACGGGCGAGCAGCAGCGAGGAAGAAGGCCCAUGGCGUGAUUGUCGGGGGGGUGGGGGGGAUACGUCGUCACGGAGCGUCGUGGACCUUUACAGGAGUAUUAUAGCGUCAGCGAUAUCAUCAUGACCAUCAUCAUUAUCAUCGUGACCAUCAUCAUUAUCAUCAUCAUUAUCAUCAUGACCAUCAUUACCAUCACCGCCAUCAUUGUCGCCACCGCCGCCGCCAUCAUCGUGGUUUUACAAUUUUUACCCACCUCUUUCGUUCCUUUCAGGCCUCUGUCUCGCCAUCCAUGCCACGGUUUUGGCUUUGCCGUUCUCAGUAUGAGGUGGUGCGGGGGGGGGCGCGGCAGUAGAGGGGGGGUGCCGUGAUGCGAUUCCCACGUUCACGGAAUCCUCUACGCCAAGCGGCACGCUGCUCUUUAGACGGUGAAGGUAAAUGGACCCUGCGGGGAGGAGUCUGGGCGGAAACAACCGGCAAACGUCCCCUCGCGUCGCCGACGGUAGCCCGUCGCUCGCGCACCGUCGUCCGCUCCGCGCCCUCCUGUGCUUCCCGUCACCGCCGUUACUCGUCACACCCCCCCCCCCCCCCCUCCAGCCCGACCUCCAGGUCCCCUUUCCCUAUCGCCCAGACGCGGCCGCUUCGGGAACGCGUCGGCGGGUGACGUAGAAGCGGAGCAGCGGCUGUCGUCGCUGCCUCUGACGAGUGCAGUGUCCCCUCGUUAUUCGCGACGAGGGAUACGUUCCGGAGAUGCUCGCGAAGAGGAAAUGUCGCGGCUAACGACAUUUGCCACCGAAAACCUGUCUUUGUUAUGAAUUAGCGUCCGAGAAGUUCUCUCUCCUUCUAUCGCACUCAUCACUUUAUCUCUCAUCACUUUAUCUCUCAUCACUUUAUCGCUCAUAACAUUCACUCUCAUCACAUUCACUCUCAUCACUUUCUCACCACUUCCUCUUUCAUCACUUUACCUCCCAUCACUUUUAUUAUCUCUCUCGAUGCAGUAGUCGCGCAGAGUUCCCGAGGUGAUUCGCGGAUAGCCAACUUCGCGGAUCGCCAAAGGUCGUGAAUAACGAGGGAAUGCCGUGCGGCGAGAAUACCGCUCGCUGGCCCCUCGGUGGAAACAAUUAGACUGGCCAGGUGUUGGUCAGCUUUGUGGUCAGAUGACUACGUGACGCACGCAUUCAAUCAGUCUGGUCACGUGGUCACUCAAACGGUGGGGGGUGGUGGUGGUGGUGGGGAGGGAGGGGGCUUUGGUGUACGAGGUCCGGAUCAUUUUGCGGUGUGGUGCGGUGGGUGUGGUGUAGUCGAGUGCAUAGUGACCUGGCAUGGAUGGUAAACUCGUAGGGAAGGGGGAAGGUAGUUGCCUACCCCUUCGCACUACCGGUGUAUAGUGUGCUGUACAAAAUAUUUGUGAAUGUAAUUAUAGUAUUAUAAUGAAAGAGAAUAAAAUAAGUAUAGAUAA